UUCAGGGGUCACAAGUCUCUCUGUGUCUUUUUACUGAAGGAUUCAAUCGGAGAAGGGACCCGAAGUCGACACACACAGCAGCAGCCAUGGCAGACAGAGAAGAGGACAGGAAGCCCAAGCCAAAAAGUGCGACUAUCUUUGGCUACCCAAUUAGCAUCUUUUUCAUUGUGGUCAAUGAGUUCUGCGAGCGUUUCUCCUACUAUGGCAUGCGAGCCGUACUGGUGCUAUACUUCAAGUACUUCCUGAAGUGGGAUGAUGACUUCGCCACCACUAUCUACCACACCUUUGUGGCCCUCUGCUACCUGACACCCAUCCUGGGAGCCAUCGUGGCCGAUUCAUGGCUCGGCAAGUUCAAGACUAUUAUUUACCUAUCCAUCGUUUAUGCGCUGGGACAGGUUGUCUUGGCAAUAAGUGCUAUCCAUGACAUCACAGAUGCAGACAGGGACGGCACGCCAGACAACAUGACCUUCCACGUAACUCUGUCCAUGGUGGGGUUGAUCCUUAUUGCUCUGGGUACAGGAGGCAUCAAACCAUGCGUGGCCGCCUUUGGUGGAGACCAGUUUCAAGAACAUCAGGAGAAGCAGAGAAGCACCUUCUUCUCCAUCUUCUACCUGUCCAUCAAUGCUGGCAGUCUGCUGUCCACCGUCAUCACCCCCAUCCUCAGAGCUCAGGAGUGUGGUAUUUACACCGAUCAGAAGUGCUACUCACUGGCCUUCGGAGUCCCCGCUGCUCUCAUGGUGGUUGCUCUGAUUGUGUUUAUUAUUGGAAGUGGUAUGUACAUUAAGACCCCCCCACAAGGCAACAUCUUGGUGAAAGUCUGCAAAUGCAUCGGGUUUGCUAUCAAGAACCGCUAUAGGCACCGCGAUUCUGAAUACCCCAAGAGAACCCACUGGAUGGACUGGGCUGAGGAGAAAUACGAUAAACUCCUGAUUGCCCAGGUGAAGAUGGUGCUGAAGGUGCUGUUCCUCUACAUCCCUCUGCCCAUGUUCUGGGCUCUCUUUGACCAGCAGGGCUCCAGAUGGACCCUCCAGGCAACCACCAUGGACGGCGACUUUGGACUUCUUGUAAUCCAGCCCGAUCAGAUGCAGACUGUCAACCCUAUCUUGAUCCUGAUUAUGGUACCGGUCGUGGACAAUCUGAUCUACCCGCUGAUCGCCAAGUGCAAGAUAAACUUCACUCCUUUAAGGAGGAUGACGGUGGGGAUGUUCUUUGCUGCUCUGGCGUUCAUCGCUGCUGCCCUGGUCCAGAUACAGAUCGAUGAAACCCUGCCGAAGUUCCCAUCAAGCACUGAAGGCCAAGUGAAGUUCAUCAACAUGAUUAACGAAUCGCUGUAUGUCAAAGCUGGAACCAACAACUUCAACUUGGAGCCUUUCACGGCCAAUGAGGAUUACCUGACCUUUGAUGAACCAUUUGUCCUGCAGCUGGGGCCUACUGUCACUUACCCAAUCACUUUAGAGGAUGGCAAUCGGAGUACCAUCGUCAUUCAGGAUGUGCUCUUACCCAGGCCUAUAACGUUCACGGACAUCAAAGAAAAGCCGGAAGAGGGCGGUAACGCUAUCAGAUUUUUCAAUGGUUUCGGCUCAUUUUUGAAUGUAACGGUGGGUGACCUGGACUCUGGGGUCAUCGCCACCAACGACAUGUCAGACUAUUUCGCGGUACUACGGGGAAACGCACAGUAUCGGAUCAAGGAUAACACCAAACAAGAGUGCGUCUACAAUCAGGAACUGGGCUUCGGCAGCUCUUUCACCGUGAUCAUCCCGCCGACUUUCGCAUUUGGACCAAACUGCGAACAGAGCAUCCGAUCGGUGAAUGACAUCAAGGCGAACACCAUGCACAUGGCCUGGCAGAUACCGCAGUAUUUCCUCAUGACUGUAGGAGAGGUGGUGUUCUCUGUCACCGGCCUGGAGUUCUCCUACUCACAGGCGCCCAGCAACAUGAAGUCGGUGCUGCAGGCUGGUUGGCUGUUAACUGUUGCCGCAGGUAACAUCAUUGUGCUCAUUAUCGCCGAGGCUGCAAAGCUCCCAGAUCAGUGGGUCGAGUACAUCCUCUUCGCCUCUCUGCUGCUGGUCGUGUGCUUCAUCUUCGCCUUCAUGGCUUACUUCUACACCUACAUCGACCCGGCCAAGAUAGAAGCCCAGUUCGCCCAGAAGGAGCCCGAAGAGAAGGAGAAGAGGAAGAGCGUGGAGAUGACCCGGAAGGACUCGGUUGAGCACCGCGAUGAGAAGGAGAGGAGGAGGAGUUCUGACUCCAGCUCUGAUGAGGAGAAGACCAAACAGACCCAGAUGUAAAGCGACGCUUCUCCGCGGCUUUACAAACGCUGCUUGGUUCUGUGUUUGGAGUCCAGUGCGCUGCUGAAUAAACGGAUGUUGCUGAAGAUGGCAGAACACAGAAAAAGGGCUUAGAUGGUCUCGGUGGACAGUGUUAGUUAAGGCAGGGAGAAUUAAACUAUUUUGGCUCAAAAUCUUUAAAGAAUAUUCCCUUUUUAGCGGUUACUCAUAUAAUCAAAACCCCUGGAUCUUUAUUGGUUAAUUUGUGCUUUCGCUGUUGUAAAUUCGUUUUUUUUACAAUGAUUUAUUUGCACUGUGUAGCAACAUCUUUAUGUAAUUUUAUGUUUCAUAGGCUUUUGUAAUGAUACAAAGAAACCAUUCCAACAUUUGUAUUUAUUUCCAAGCAGUGUUGUAUGUAUUGUAUUAUAUUGUCACCGUUUUUAUGUAUAUAUAAUGUUCCCAUGUGCUCCGAAUCAAACAGAAAAUCAUAUUCCAUAUAACUCCGAUUUCAUUUUGGCCUUGGAGAAUGCCCUGCCCCUCUUCAAUAAAGAUGCUAGCAAGGUGUUGUUGUC